UGCCAGUCAUAUCGAUAUGCUGCGCACGUUGACCAAGCACCUUGGGCCUGAACAGACGCUCGACCUCGCUAAUCUCUAACCCUCUUCCUAAACAAAGCUCCUCGAUGAGAAUAACGAUGAACACGAUAAACACGAUAUGGGGAUUGAUUGGAUACCGCAUUCCCUGAGGUACAUCGGCCUUUUCGACUACACGAAUGCUGACUUGGAGCUCAACUCGUUAUUGAAUAACAAGACUUCCAUCCUGGAAAUGUACUCAGCGCCGCUUCAAGUCGUAGAGGUCGGCGAAGACGUAUACAAGCGCCUGGCGAGAUCGUCGAGCGUCGAAAGAUGUGGCUGGACAGCCACAGAGUAUGGCAAUCGAGCCUGGCUGGUGUGACAGCGAUGGGUGGAUGCCGG